GGUGCGUAAAAUCCACAGGCGAGCCGGACGCGCACCGAGUAGAGUCUUCAGGUGCAGGUGAUUGACAGGUGAGCGAAGUGACGCGUCGGGAGGAUCCACGAGCACAAAGGGAAGGUUUACGCAGGAUUAUUUCACGAGUCAGCCGGUACAGGCGUGGAUGAGAGAGAUCCGAACACGUUUUAGAGGACACCGAUGGAGCUGUGUGGCCCCAACAUGAGUGAGAGUGGAGGUUCUCUGUGCCAGGUGAAGCAGCUGCCCAGUCACAGUGUUCCCCUGUGUCGCCUGCAGGCCAGCGGACACCACGCACACAACCUCCAGCCCUGGGUCAACCACACGACCCCGGCCCUCGUCUCCAGUCCAGCGGUGGCCCUCAGACACAGGGUCAAUGGAGCCAUGGCUGCCAGCUGCAGCGGCUCGGAUUGCGCCGCCUCCAGACUGGGAGAGGAGGCAGCGCUGGCACCACGGGGCGUCUCCCCGGGGAAGGUGUUGGUGACGGGCGGAGGAGGAUAUUUCGGCUUCAGGCUGGGGAAGGAGCUGGCCCGCCAGGGAAUGUCAGUGAUCCUCCUGGACAUGAACAAGCCUCCCUCUGAGGUCCCUGAUGGAACAACCUUCUAUCAGAGUGACAUUCGAGACUAUCCAUCCCUCUAUAAAGUGUGUGAAGGUGUCGACUGUAUAUUCCACACGGCGUCGUAUGGCAUGUCUGGACCAGAACAGCUGAAGAAAGAGCAGGUGGAGUCUGUCAACGUUGGAGGGACUAAUAAUGUUAUAAAUGUGUGUAAGGAGAGGAGCAUUCCCCGCCUGGUGUACACGAGCACCAUCAACGUGGUGUUUGCUGGGAAACCAAUUGAGGACGGUGACGAGUCUUCAGUGCCGUGCGUGCCUCCUGACGUGCACAUUGACCACUAUUCCAGAACUAAAGCGAUUGCAGAGCAGAUGAUCCUCUCAGCCAAUGGAUGCUCCCUGAAAGAUGGAGAACUGCUGCGAACCUGUGUCCUGCGUCCCUGCGGCAUCUAUGGACCUGAGGAGAGGAGACAUCUCCACAGAGUGAUGGUGAACGUGGAGCGUCGCUUGUUCAGUUUCCGGUUCGGGGAUCCACAGUCCAGGAUGAACUGGGUGCACGUCGAUAACCUGGUGCUGGCUCACACCCUGGCGGCUGACGCUCUCACAGUGAAGAGGAGCGGUGUCGCUAGCGGACAGGCCUAUUUCAUUAACGACGGAGUCUCGGUCAAUCUGUUUGAGUGGCUGACACCUUUGUUUGAAAAGCUGGGCUACAGCAGGCCGCUGAUUAAUCUGCCUGUUUCACUGGUCUACUCAGCAGCCAUCCUGGUGGAAUACUUGCAUGUAGCUCUCAGACCAGUGAUAAAAGUGCCUCUCCUUUUUACCAGAAGUGAGGUGAGGAACAUAGCGGUGAGCCACACUUUCAAAAUUGACAAGGCCCAUCAAGAGCUGGGUUACUGCCCGAAGUCGUACAGCCUGGUGGACUGUGUGGAGCAGUAUCUGAAGUCCCAACAACCUCGAUCCACCUCAUCUCCUUUCACCGCCUGCUGGACCUCCCAGUUCCCCCGGCAUCUUCUGCUGCUGCUGCUGAUGGGUCUCAGUCUGCUGCUCCUCAUGUUCUCCUGCAUACUUUAA